CUUUUCAUCCUUUCUAACGAGACCGUCAACAUCUGGAGCCACCUGCUCGGCUUCAUCCUCUUCUUCACGCUGGGUAUCUACGACCUGACUGCCGUGCUGCCGGCGGCCGGUGCCUCCCGGGAAGACUUUGUCAUCUGUUCCAUCUGCCUCUUCUGCUUCCAGGUCUGUAUGCUUUGCUCAGUAGGAUAUCAUCUGUUCUGUUGUCACCGCUCAGAGAAGACCAGCCGACGGUGGAUGGCGUUGGAUUAUGCAGGAAUUUCCAUUGGUAUCCUGGGCUGCUAUGUGUCCGGCGUGUUUUAUGCAUUCUAUUGCAGUAACUACUGGCGUCAGGUAUAUUUAAUCACUGUGCUGGCAAUGAUCUUGGCAGUAUUUUUUGCUCAGAUUCAUCCCAGUUACCUCACGCAGCAGUGGCACAGACUGCGCUCCAUCAUCUUUUGCUCAGUGUCCGGAUAUGGAAUUAUUCCCACCAUCCACUGGGUUUGGCUCAAUGGUGGCAUCAGUGCAUCCAUUGUACAGGAGUUUGCUCCACGUGUAGUUGUCAUGUACUUCAUCGCUGCUGUAGCUUUUCUCUUCUAUAUUUCCAAAGUUCCAGAAAGAUACUUCCCAGGCCAGCUGAACUACCUCGGAUCGAGUCACCAAGUCUGGCACAUCCUUGCAGUGGUGAUGCUUUACUGGUGGCAUCAGUCCACCGUGUACAUCAUGCAGUACCGGCACAGCAAGCCCUGUCCUGAGUACAGCCCAGAUUUGUGA